AUGGCAUGUUUUUUUAAAUUUCAGCUUCUACACUAUAUUAAAAGUGUGAAUUUUAAGACAAAAGAUGGGAGUCAGGUGUUUUUUGAUAAAAAGGGGAACCCUCCAGCCAUCUAUGAUGUGGUGAAUUGGCAUCUGCGUGACAGGGGCACAGUGGAGCAGGUGACAGUUGGAAGUUAUGACCUUCGUGCCCCUGAUGGGAAAAUCUUAAAUGUAGAUAGUACAAAAAUUCUAUGGAGCAACAGCAACACCCAGAUUCCUAUUUCAAUGUGCAGUGCAAGUUGUUCCCCUGGAUUUAGGAAGGUGAUUGUACCAGGAAAACCCCUUUGCUGCUAUGAAUGUGGUCGUUGCCCCCAGGGACAGAUUUCAAACCAAACAGAUGCAGUGGAAUGUCAUCCAUGUUCCUGGGACAUGUGGCCCAAUCUUCAACAAGAAAGAUGCUUACCAAGAACUACAGAGUUCCUGUCUUAUGGAGAUCCUUUGGGUUUCUCUUUAACAUGCACAACCAUCUUCUCUUCUCUCAUCCCACUUGUUAUUUUAAGAGUUUUUAUUUAUUAUAAAAAUACACCAAUUGUCAAAGCCAACAACUAUUCCCUUAGUUGUCUUCUCCUGCUCUCCCUGUUCCUCUGUUUCCUUUGCUCUUUAGGGUUCAUUGGUUACCCACAACCUACACAGUGUCUUCUACGCCAGGUGGCAUUUGGGACAGUUUUUGCUCUCUGCAUCUCCUGUGUUCUGGCCAAAACCGUGACUGUAGUUAUUGCCUUUAAUGCAACCAAACCAGGCAGCAGGUUAAGAAAGUGGACAGGGGUAAAACUGACUUACCCUCUAAUACUUACAUGUGUCUUUAUUCAGCUAUUUGUGUGUACAAUAUGGCUGGUCAUCAACCCUCCCUUUCCUGAACUUGACACUGACAUAAAACCUGGUGUUGUCAUCAUUAAUUGCAAUGAAGGAUCCCCCACUGCUUUCUGGUGCAUGCUGGGAUAUCUUGGCCUCUUGGCCUUCCUCAGUUUCAUUGUUGCUUUCCUGGCCAGACGUCUCCCUGACAGUUUCAAUGAAGCCAAAUUUAUCACAUUCAGUAUGUUGGCUUUCCUCAGUGUCUGGGUGUCCUUUAUCCCAGCCUAUCUCAGUGCACGGGGCAUGUAUACUGUGGCAAUGGAGGUCUUUGCCAUUCUGUCUUCCAGUUGGGCUUUGGUGGGCUGUAUCUUUGUGCCAAAAUGUUACAUAGUAUUAUUCAGGCCAAACAUGAACUCCAGAGAACAUCUCAUGGGGAAAGACAGAGGUCAAAAAUAA